AUGGAGAUCAUAAUCACAUUUGCAUUGGUCUACACCGUUUACGCUACAGCCGUUGACCCCAAGAAUGGCUCUCUAGGAACCAUCGCACCACUUGCUAUCGGACUCAUCGUUGGUGCUAACAUUCUAACAGCUGGCCCAUUCUCUGGUGGUUCCAUGAACCCUGCUAGAUCCUUUGGACCAGCUAUUGCGGCUUGUGAUUUUUCAGGACAUUGGGUUUAUUGGGUUGGUCCACUUAUUGGUGGUGGACUAGCUGGAGUUACCUACUCUAAUGCUUUCAUUACCGAGCCUCAAUCCGAGACCGAAACCGAAAGUGUUCCUCUUCUUUCUGCUUAA